AUGAUCGAUAAUGGCUCCGCCCUCAAUGUUUGCUCGGUGUCCACGCUGAAGCAAAUGAACGUGGACCUCAAUCGCAUUUGCCUGAGCAAAAUCGCGGUUCGAGCCUUCGACGGCUCGCGGAGGGAAGUGAACGGAGAGAUUGACCUCUUGAUCGAUGUCGGCCCGUGCUCAUUCAGCGUCACAUUUCAGGUCCUCGACAUCCCGAAUGCUUUUAGCUUACUGCUCGAGAGACCCUGGAUCCACUCAGCUGGAGCCGUCCCCUCGUCCCUACACCAAAGGCUGAAGUUCAUCGUAGGAGAGCGGCUCAUCACGGUAAAGGGUGAAGAGGACUACGCUAUCUACAAGGAAACAGUCGUCCCCUAUAUUAGCAUCGGGGACAAUGAGAACCUCCCAUUCCAUUCAUUCGAGACCAUCUCCGUCGUUCGGGAUUAUGGAGAGGCUCCAUUCGAAGAACGUCUUGAAGAGCCCCGACCCAUAUACUUCGGGGAAGGGCUUGAUGAGGACGGUCGAGUACCUGAGAUAGAAGAGAGUUUGCGCCACCUCGAGGACCGUCAACUCACUUCAGUUGAGCCAACAGAAGAAAUCAACGUGGGCACCGAAGAAGAAUCACGCACCUUGAAGAUCGGGACGAGCCUCGACCCCAUACAGCGGGCCCGGAUGAUCGAUUUCCUUAAGGAGUACCAAGAAGUCUUUGCUUGGUCUUAUACCGACAUGCUAGAGAAGAAAGAUGGAACAGUCAGAGUAUGUGUCGAUUAUCGGGACCUCAACAAGGCCAGCCCCAAUGACAACUUCCCCCUGCCCCACAUCGAUGUCUUAGUUGACAACACUGUAUGCCACACGUUGUUAUCCUUCAUGGAUGGCUUCUCUGGGUACAACCAGAUUCGAAUGGCUGAGGAAGACAAGAUCAAAACAACGUUCAUCACAAUGUGGGGCACUUUCUAUUACCGGGUCAUGCCAUUCGGCCUCAAAAACGCCGGGGCAACAUACCAGAGGGCUAUGGUUGCGCUAACGACAUGA